AUGUACCAGAUUUCACAACUAUCUAUAAAUGGUAAUGCUAUGUUCAGCGUUUUUGAAGUCAUUAAGCCUGCAGAAGUUGCAGAUUACGACGAAAGCUAUCACACGAAUUUGUCGACGACAAUCAGCGAAAAAACUUCCGAUCAUGUAGGUCGUUGCAUACUGGUAUCGUUAAUAUUUGCAAUCUUCAUUUUCGGUAUCAUUGUUGCGUUCGUCGUUGGCCACUGGAUUGCUCAACCUGAAGUUCACUUUGAAGAUUCCAAAAAUAUAAAAGAAUCACAAAUUUUGGAAUUACGUGAUGUGUAUCCGCCGUCGUCGUUGUAUACACCGAACGAAAUUUUUCAUUAUACUAGUAAAGCACAUAUCAAAAAACAUCGAAAGGUUUUGCUAAAUCCUGUGCCUCAAAAUAUCUUUCCAAUUCACUACAGCAUUCAGGUAAUUUCAUUUAUUUAUUUUAAAAAAUUGAGGCGAACACGAAGGAGGACUAAGAUGACAUUACUAAAAAUAAAUUUUCAGUUUGAUUUUACUUCAUUUUCUACUGGACGAAUCGUUGGUAAUGCUUCAAUAUUACUAAAUUCGUUAUUAAAUACUACAUCUAAAAAUAUCACUUUCCACUGCGGCACAAAUGUGUAUAUUGACAGAGUGCAGCUUCGAUACAAUGGUCACAUUCUUAAUAUUUACAUUCCUGAAGCUGUAGACAAAGUAAUAAGUUUUACGACAAAUUUUGAGCCAACUUUGGCUAGGACAUUUUUUCCAUGCUGGGAUGAACCGCAAAUCAAGGCGACGUUUAAUCUCUCAGCUAUCCAUCUUCGAACAAUUACGGUACUCUCUAAUUCGGCUCCACAGCGAGUGAGCAGCGUCAAUCUGGGCAGAGACACAAUUUUAACAGUUUUUCAUCAAACUCCUCCUAUGUCUGCGUAUUUAGUGGCAUUUGCAGUUGGGCCACUAGUUUCGAUAGAAACUCGUACGAACCGAAAUUUGCCAUUGAAAAUUUGGACUUUUGCGGACAACUUGGAAAACGCCAAAUUUGCUGCAAACUUUUCUCCAUCGAUGUUUGACCGUUUGGAGCAUGAAUUUAAAGUAGCUAUUCUCGUUUUAUAUCCAUUUUCGAAACUUGAUUUUGUAGCUGCUCGUUCGUUUCCAGUUGGUGGCAUGGAGAACUGGGGUUUAGUGAUAUAUAAUGACAAUAUGCUACUUUUGAACUCAUUGCUGAAAGACAACAGCAAUUUAACAGUUGAUCUCUUAGACCUUCGAUAUGGAAUCGAAAAAAUAGUAACACACGAACUGACUCAUCAGUGGUUUGGUAACCUGGUAACUCUGAACAACUGGUCGGAAAUUUGGCUAAACGAAGGAUUUGCAUCAUUUUAUGUCUACGACGCUCUUAAAGAUUCUCAUCCAUAUUUGACUGAUAUAGAGUAUUAUUUGUACCUUGCUCAACUGCAAAACAAGCAGACGUCCGAUGAAAAGAUGUCGCUGGUGAAACAUAUGCGAACUGAAGCUGAAGUAGAACGAGCUUUUGAUCGGUUUCAUAUGUAUACCAAAGGAUGUGUGAUCAUCGAGAUGACCAAAAACCUUGUCUCUGAUGGAGAGUUUCGCUUAAGUGUGCAAAGAUAUCUAAAAAACAACGCAUUCAAAGCUGUUGGACGCGAAGCCUUGUGGAAGGCAUUGCCGAAGCACGUUACGUUUGGAACAGAACAGGAAAUUUUAGAAAACGUUAUUGAGCCUUGGUUAAUCAAUAAUGGCAUGCCAGAAGUAACAAUUAGUCGGAAUUACCGGGAUGGAACGGUCAGGAUCUCUCAACGUACUUCGGACCAAAAUCGUUACAUUAUUUAUCUGAACAAUCAGACCGAGAAAACCACAAAAAGAAAAUACCAGAACGGACCGUCGCUUUUUGGAACACCGCCACUAAAAAAGCAACGAAAAACUCGUUCAUCAACAAAUUCGCAAGUUUUAAACCAAGGAACAGAACUGCGCUUUUCCGAUGGGUCUAUCCCAUUUGAUGAGUCUCUGUUUGAUGACGUAACAUCUGUAACACCUCUGGAAGAUGACCAUAUUCCAACUCAUUCUGAAGAAAUAGUUAAUGAACUAUUAAAAAGAAAAGCUGAAAGGAAGGGAAAACGCAUAAGGCCAAAGAAGGAGAAGAAACCUGUAUGUGGUGGUAGUCAAAAUUAUACGGGUGACAACAAGGUUUUCGCGGCCAAUGCUUUUUUGACAGUAGACGAGGAACAACCUCAAAUGUUGGAAAAUAAGAAGGCCAGAAAACUGGUUAUAAAUUUUGAAAGUCGUGCGAAGUUUCGGAGAUCAGAAAGAAGAAAACAACAUUGGAUAAUUCCAUUCAGUUAUCAGAUCCUGAGCUUCAGCGACGAUAAAAGUUCCCUCAUACAACGAUUUUGGUUACAAAACGAAACGUUAACAUUUGAAGACAACAGUUUAAAAGACGACUCAGCACUUCUGGCAAACCCUGACUGGAUGUAUCCGUUUCGUGUCAACUACGAUCUGUCAAACUGGAAAUUGCUUGUUCGAAUGCUCAAUGAUAAUCACGAAAAAAUUCCUGUAAAGUCGCGAAUACAAUUGAUCUGUGAUGCCGAAUUUUAUUUGAAACAGUCUGGGGUACCAGAGAUAUAUGCGUCGUUAAUUGGAUAUCUGGCUAAGGAAACAGACUUGGGAGUGCUGCUUCACGGACUCGAUUCAGUUUAUCGUUUUGCGGAUUUGAUGAAGGGAAGCAAGCUGAAUGAGCGAGUAUUCGCAUUUCUCGCAAAAGCUGUAAAACAGAUUGAUAAAAUCUUCAAUGAGUCGCGUGCCAACCCCGAAAAAGCUGCUGUCUGGUUGAUCGAUCCAGAAAGACUUAUACAACUAUAUCAACUUCGUUGUGCCACAAAUUUGGAGUCAUGUGAGGAGGAUAAGCAGGUUAAUAAGUGGAUUGUCGCUUCCGGAGUUAGUGAAAGCGACUACUAUCUGCAACUUACUGCAGUAUGUCACCACCUAUUUAAUGGUGCUACUCGUCGCGAACUUGGUCUUAUUACGGAUGGUUUGAAACAGUCUACGGGCAAAUGGUCGGAAAACCUUCAGUUAGCAAUUUGCGUUCAAAACGAGGAAAUAUUGAAAAGAGCUGUAGAACAUAUUGUGGAUACCAAAAAUGCUGCUAUGUACACAGCUGCGUUGCAGAACAACCAUUUCCUCUUCUACAACUUCAAGUUUCGUAAGCUGUUUUGGUUGGCCAUUGGCGCGAUGCCGUUAGAAGAGCGACGCAUGUUGUUUUCGGCCGAAACAAAAGAUUCCUUCCACGUUGGACGAGUUUUAGUGCAUUUGGUACGCUCGGAGUCUGAGUUACAUCUGCUGAAGCGUGUGAUGCCAAGCUGGAGCUUUCAUAUGCAAAUGCAUCUACAGUACGUGGAAAAUAAACUGAGGUGGAUUUCCAAUAUCGCUGUUCCAAGGCUGGAGGAAUUUUUGGUUCAAGAUCUUUCUACAGAAAACUAA